UCACUUGUUGGAUGUGUCCGUUUGAAUUUCUGUGAUUUCAAGCUUCCUGGUGGUUGUUUUACCCUCUCGGAGUUCAGAGAAGACCGCUGCUGUGUGCGAACGUUAAUGCGUUUUUACACGUUACAUAGCGCGUAAAAAGUGCUGAAGCAUUAGUCCUCGUCCUUACCUGUUUGUUUGCUCCACUUGCGUACCGUGACUAUGCUCCGUUUUUCGGUGGCUGCUGGUCGUGGCUGUCUCUGCAGCCGUCCCUCUGACCUUUAGUCUGCUGGUCCCACAGCAGACUGUGCGGGGUUUUCCUGGCGGCGUUGUGCGCUCUGGACUCCGGCUCAUCCUUGGAGAAGUUCCGCCGCAGUCCCGUGCACAGCGCGUCCCUGCUCUCCUCCUAUACUGCGAUAAGGAUGCUGGUGGCUUUACACGGUCAAACUCUACAGGAUUAGCCUGAGUUGAACAACCGGACCAUGUAACCAGAUCAGAUGUUCAUACAGUGUGGCUAUCCAGCGGUGUGACCUCUCACCAGUGACCUCUGAUUUGUCCUCUCUACACCCUUACAACCUUACAAACACUCUUCUGAUGUGUUAAGCAACUUUGCUGAACAGUUUGAUGGAGAGCUGGUCGGAUGACAGCUGGAACUGUUGUCAUAACCGGGGGAAUACUGGCCACAGUGAUACUUCUGUGUAUCAUAGCUGUGCUCUGUUACUGUAGACUCCAGUACUACUGCUGUAAGAAGAAUGGGUCUGACAGCGGUUCCGUCUCACAGCAACACUUUGCGUGCAACGCCUGCAGUGUCUCUGGCCUGGACGGGUCGAUCGUCACCCCGCUUUCCAUGUCACCACCAGAGCCGCCCGGAUCCUCCGACUCCACCAAACCCACAGGGGGGCAACGCAGUUACUGCCCCACCUGCUCACCCUAUGACUCGCCCUUCUACAUUCGUACCACUGAUGAAAUGCGCAACGGUGGUGAGCGCAUCACCUACAUGCCCACACACUAUGAGAACCAGGCGCUGGCGAUGCCGCUGCCCAUCGUCCGAGGCUCCCUGCUGAGGGAGACCCAGCGAGGCCGGCCUUCCGAUUUCUACACCAACACCCGAGCCAUCAGCACCGAGGUGUGACCAUCCUAAAAAAAAAACACCACACACACACACACACACACACACACACACACACACACAC